GCGUGAAUGUCACUUAAAUAGAUUCCUUGACAAAUUUCAUUUAACCAACCCAUUUCGUCAAAGGAACUCUUGGGAAAAUUAAUUCAGUACCACCACGAACAUGUAAUAGUGCUCAUCGAGAGUUCAAGUUCGAGACCAAAUCACGCGUUUUUUGUGUGCUAACUCAAGAAACACCGCGCCCACAAAUUUUAAAGCACAAACGCAUUGAAACGCAAGCAUCCACACAACAAUAGUGGCUUGUGUUUGCAUCAAUUCGGGUUAUUUACGGUGCUACACUGAACCGUAUGGGGCCAAAUUAACUAACACGCUUCAAACGUAGACUCAACUAAAUGAGGGAAGUUGUGGCGUCCUUUGAAUGUUACAAAUGCAGCUACUCAACUCUGACUGUUGAGGAAGAUACUUGCACUGACAGUCAGUUUUUGCUUGGAGUUCCUCAAAAUGAUAUCAAUGUUACUCAGUGUAGUUCUUAUUGUAAGAAAGAGAUUGUCACACUGUUUGACGAGAUAGUUUCAGUUGAGAGAAGCUGCAGUGCAAGUUGUUUACAGGGCUGUAACAAAAUAUUGGGCACUGGGUCAUGCGUUUACUGCUGUUCUACAGACCAGUGCAACGGUUCGACAACUUUGCAUGCCUUACCAACCAUGCUGUGUGCUAUGUUCGCCGGACUCGUGUUGGUGAUAAAUUGUAUUGCCUAGAAGUGAACCCGUAGGCCUACGCUUAAACAUCCUUGGAGGAAAUAUGCAAAUCUGCAAUGGUUAAUGACACUUACGACGCAUUUGAAAGUUUCUUUUUAGGAAGAUGGAUAAUAAUAAACAUAUAAAUUCAUAACUGCAUAAACGUACUUGAACUUCUCCGGAAAUUACACACUUUUUUGUUCAGAUAAACCAUAUCGGAGACAACGUCAAGGAAAUGGUUGACGUCGGAACAUAAAGGACUUAAUAGCUACUGGAAAUUCGGUCACCACAAAUGUAUCUUUCCCUUACUUGUGGUUUUGACUUGAUGGUGUAAUGUUCAACGUUAAAAUUUAUGAAGAUUGUACACACUUCGAUUAUUUUAAUUUUUAUAAUGUUUUACCCUUCACGCUUCAGAAAUGUUUGGUGUUACCCAGUUGCAACUACUGUAGUGUAAUUUUAAUGAGUUAUAUAAUACAAUAGUGCUUUAGUAGUCAUAUUACAUGGUUCGAAGUUGAAAUAAUACAUAUUGUAAUACUGUGUGUGUAGAUAAUUAUAUACAGUAUAAGAAAAGUAGAAUUAA